GCUGACAAGGGCCCAGUCCGCCGCUCCAUUCACGCGCCGUGUGUAUAAAUAGCCCCGCUCAGAUCGAGUCAGGAGGCAGUAUUUGUGGACACUCUGGGUGCACACAGGUUUUUAUUGGUAGGUCAGAUCAGGUGUAAUAUUUAAGCACCAGACAGAAUGGCGCAGACAAAUCCGAUGCCCAUGGGACCAUGGAAGAUCACGGUCUAUGAUCAGGAAUGCUUCCAGGGCAAGCGCAUGGAGUUCACUGGCUCCUGUCAGAAUAUCAUGGAGUGUGGGUUCGACACUGUCCGCUCAAUGAAAGUGGAGUGCGGCGCCUGGGUCGGCUACGAGCACUCCAGUUUCUGCGGGCAGCAGUUCAUCCUGGAGAGAGGAGAGUACCCUCGCUGGGACGCCUGGAGCGGCAGCAACGCCUAUCACAUUGAGAGGAUGAUGUCCUUCCGCCCCAUCUGCUCCGCUAACCACAAGGAGUCCAAGAUGACCGUGUUUGAACGGGAGAACUUCAUCGGGCGCCAGUGGGAGCUGUGCGAUGACUACCCCUCUCUGCAGGCUAUGGGCUGGUGCAACAAUGAGAUCGGCUCCAUGAAGACCAUGAGUGGAGCCUGGGUGUGUUAUCAGUACCCUGGUUACCGUGGAUACCAGUAUAUCAUGGAGUGCGAUCGCCACGGUGGAGAGUACAAACACUGGAAGGAGUGGGGCUCCCAUGCCCAGACUUUCCAAGUGCAGUCCAUCCGUCGAAUCCAGCAGUGAGCGAGCGAACCCCCCUCCCUCCCAACCAACCAACCCACCCUUAAAGACCAUGAAGAGGACUGCAAGCCUGUGGUGUGGCGACUCCUUCCCCCGCCAGACAAACUGAAGUCUGUACUACACUGUGGAACUACUCUGACUUUGCAGAAACACCAGUUAUUGUACCAGCUGUUUACAAAUGAUUAAAGAAAAUGUGUCACAAAUGCA